UAGAGAGAGAAAGAGAUCAGACUCACUAAAAUACAUCCAGGACUCCAUAAAGAGUGUUGGGUCUAUGGAGCCUCCUCGGUACUUCAAGAGUAAAAGUGCAGGCACCUCACCUGUAUUCAGUCGUAGACUGAUAAAGAGAUCAGACUCACCAGAAGCCAGCUGUGUCUACAUGAAGAGUGAUGGGUCUACGGAUCCUCCUCUGAACCUUGAUGAAGACAUCAAACGUUUCCUAUCAGACAGGAUGGAUCAUUGUGGUAUUUCAGAUGAAAGAUCUGCUGCUCUCAACUCAUCUCUGAGAUCAAACCCCUCACGCCUGAGAAACCCACAUCUGUUUGGGAAAAAAAUAAAAAGACACAGUUGUGGGGAGAGAAAGAGAUCAGACUCACUAAAAUACAUCCAGGACUCCAUAAAGAGUGAUAGGUCUGUGUAUCCUCCUCGGAACUUCAAGAGUAGAAGUGCACGCACACCACCUGCAUUCAGUUAUGGAGAGAGAGAGAGAUCAGACUCACUAAAUUCCAGCUGGGACUCCAUUAACAGUGAAGUGUAUAUAGAUCUUCUUCGGAACAUCAGGGGUAAAAUUGAACGCAUCAAUAGAUACAGUUAUGGAGAGAGAAAGAGAUCAGACUCACUAAAUUCCUUAAAGAGUGAAUGGUCUAUAGAUCAUCCUUGGAACUUCAGCAGAAGAAGUGCACCCAUCUCAUCUAGAUACAGUCGUAUACUGAACGAGAACAGACUCACGAGAAGCCAGUCAUUUCUACAUGUCUACCCGAAGAAAGAAGGGUCUAAGGAUCCUCUUUGGAACCUUGAAGACAUCAAACGUUUCCUAUCAGACAGUUAUGGAGAGAGAAAGAGAUCAGACUCACUAAAUUCCUUAAAGAGUGAAUGGUCUAUGGAUCAUCCUUGGAACUUCAGCAGAAGAAGUGCACACAUCUCAUCUAGAUACAGUCGUAUACUGAACGAGAACAGACUAGCCAGAAGCCUGCCAUGUCUACAUGUCUACCCGAAGAAAGAAGAGUCUAUGGUUCUAUUUUCUAUUUGGAACCUUGAUGAAGACACCAUACUUGAUGAAGAGUCUACGGAUCCUAUUUGGAACCUUGAUGAAGACACCAUACCUUCAGACAGUUCUGAUGAACUUGAUUGGUGAAUGAAGUGAAGACUCCAGUGUUGAGUUCACCAACGUUUAAAUGUUACCACUUCAUUAACAUCUAUUUGACAUAUUUACACCUAGUCAUGCUUGCAAUUAUCUAAUCAGCCAGUCAUGCAGUAUAUAUAAGCAUACGCACAUAAAUACAGACACGGGACGUACUCGUACAUUUAUCAGCUAGCUAGUGUACCGUAUUUCAUGGUAUUUAGUGAUAAGGAUGAAUCCUCCCAUACAGACUGAACACUGAACCAGGAUCUCAGCUCUAUUGUGAUGCCGGUGAUCUCAGGAACCACAUCGGAUACGUGUGCAGUGUAAAACCACCAGAUCACUGUAUAUUCUAUUGGAAGACAGGAUUACUUUUAUUCAUACGGUGGGGAAAAGAUGAAGGAGUACAGUAGUAUAGAAUUCAGACAUUCGGUUUGUUGGAGGAUCAGAUCCACAUGUAACAAUUCACUUAUAUUAAAAUGUUGUUAACUCAUGUGUUACGUGCCUUGGGCUUGUGGGUUCGGUGUUUUGUUUGUUCUUUCUCUCUCUCUCUCUCUCUCUCUCUUUGCUCCACUAUCUGUCUCUUCAGAUCCCUACCAUUGGGCACCUCCUGUCAAUCUUCAUUAUCCUGUGUGACAUCACCCGUUGAUCCACCAAUUCAUGUUCUUGUAUCCCAAUUUGUUAGUCACUUUGUGUAUGUGACUUGUUAGUCACUCGUUCUGCAUCUGUAUGCUUGUGUUUAUUCGCUUUGUGGAUGUGACUUUGUUUAUAUUGUGGAAAACUGGACAGGUGAGUAUGUCAUGUGACAUACAUUGUGCAACACGUAGGUAAGCUUUUCUGUAUUAGACACACUAGGUUAGGAGUGCGUGCCACCCUAUGUAUCUUUUGUUUGGAUAGGAAGUAUACUGUAGGUUAGUUAGGGCGUCAUCGACGCUGAAGAUUUGUUUUAUUACUUUCCUUUCUAGUUUAGGUUAGAGGGUUAAGUUCAACUUAGCACGGUUUUGUUUUGCUUAUUUCUUUGUUUUGGCACCGCUCGUGUCUCUUUUCCCCUUUGUGUCUUCUGUUAUCUUGUUUCUGUAGAUAUCGUAAAUAUUAUCACCUUUGUCACCACCACUUGUAUGAUAAUAGAGACAGGUUUUGCCCACUA